GCCCCCUGAGCCCUCCCUGGGUGCUAAGCCUGAGCCCCCACAAUCUCUUUGCAAUUGCAUUUCCUCUGCUCUUUUGCUCCAGUUCCCAGGGAGAAAAAGCCUCUUCCAAGAAGUGAGGGCAAAAGCAAAAGGCCCUGGUGGCUUCCAGUGCCUUUACUGAGCAUGCGCGCCUGGCCUUUCAGCUGUAAAACUGGAUGGGCAGCUGCUGUGGCUGAACUGGAAAAGGGGCACUGCUGAGGAUAUUGCAAAAAGCAACAGCAAAACAAGGGUCCUGUUGUUGUUUUGCUUGAGAAGAGGCUGGAGAGGAUUCCUUCACCGCAGCCCUGGUGAAGCUUCCACCUUUGCAAAAGGGAGCGCCCCAGAGGAAGGCACGGCCACCAGACUCCGAGAUGGGGAAAUCUUUUUCAAUGCCUUUACAUGCAUCUAAAGAUGAUGGUGUUUCAUCAUCAGACAACAUGAGGAAUGGAUUAGUUCACUCAGAAUCUCACAGUGAAGAUGGAAGAAAUGGAGAUGUGUCACAGUUUCCAUAUGUUGAGUUUACAGGAAGAGACAGUGUUACAUGUCCCACUUGUCAGGGGACAGGGAGGAUCCCACGUGGACAGGAAAACCAGCUUGUUGCCCUGAUUCCAUACAGUGAUCAGAGACUGAGGCCGAGAAGAACAAAGCUUUAUGUGACUGCUUCUGUAAUUGUUUGCUUGCUACUUUCUGGACUGGCAGUAUUUUUCUUGUUUCCGCGAUCUAUUGAUGUGGAAUACAUUGGAGUCAAGUCAGUAUAUGUCAGUUAUGAAGCACAGAGGCGCAUAAUAUAUUUAAAUAUUACGAAUACAUUGAACAUAACAAACAACAAUUACUAUUCUGUUGAAGUUGAAAACAUUACAGCCCAGGUACAGUUUUCAAAGACUGUUAUUGGGAAAGCACGAUUGAACAAUAAUACCCACAUUGGACCCUUGGAUAUGAAACAGAUUGAUUAUAUGGUGCCAACAGUUAUACAAGAUGAGAUGAGUUACAUGUUUGAUUUUUGUACCCUAAUCUCUAUCAAAGUGCACAACAUAGUAGUCAUGAUGCAAGUGACUGUGACCACCUCUUAUUUUGGCCACUCUGAACAAAUAUCUCAAGAGCGAUACCAAUAUGUAGACUGUGGUGGAAACACAACUUACCAGCUGGGACAGUCGGCAUAUCUAAACGUACUUCUGCCUCCUCAGUAAAGAGGCAGAGAGAUACCUGUGUGACGAAAGAAAAUGACUGUUGUUUCUUUCAUUUACCAUCAAAGCUGAACUUUCAACCAUAUCUGAUACUACUGAAAGAGGUGGAUGUAUACAAUGUAGUCUGGAAGGCUUCUGUACUUUGAGGCAUGAGCAGAAAGGGGGCAAUUUACACUUCACAGUUUCUUCCUUUCUACUCUACGUGUGUAAGUAUUCUCUCAAACUGUUACACUAAGGGAUGGAGGAAUACUCUUCAACAAAUCAACCCUUAUUUCCUUGCAGAAAAAAGGGUAUAUGACCUAUGAGUCGGUGUGCAAUCAUAUAAUUGUAUACAUGACAGUGUGCCACUAACAAGUAAGUAAUGGAAUAAGCUAAUGACAUGAUAUUUUCAGUUCUCUGAUUUAGCAUAGAUGAAGGUCUAAUCUGUUACACUGAAAUCAGCAUGUCCAUUUUGCAGUAUUAGAAGAUACACGUUUGCAUUUAAUAAUUUUAAAAACAGUUCUGUUGUCACUAUUUGGAAUUAUGUUUUUAAAAGAUCCCAUUCCACUGAAGUGCUUGUUACUGCCUCCUUUCCACAAUGUCAAUUUGUCUGAGAAAUUAGGGUAGAUUUAAAAAUAUAAAUACCACUUGAUUGGUGCAUAUCUAGUGGGGAAUGGGAAUAAGAGGAAGAGUAAAAUGUAAUACAUUAUUAAUUUGGAUUUACUUUUUGGAAACCUGAAACUUGUUUGGGGUUUUAUUUGUUUUAUUUUUGUUUUAUUUUUAAUUUAUGUGUCUUCUCUAUCAGUUGAUCUUAUAAAGUGGUUGGUUGCCUACCGGCUUUUCUCAAAACUCUGGAGUAUAUUUUCUUUUUCUGUGUAAGUUCCCUUCGUUGUAACUUGGGUAAUAUUUAACUGCAGACUUCUGACUGGAGCAAAUGUAAAAUGUAACAAUCAUAGCAGAGAACACCUUGAUAAAAAAAAAAAUAACCUGUUUUGAGAGCUUCUAUAUAUCAAGGCUAGUAUUUUGUCUUUAAGAACUUGUGUAUCUGUGGAUACAAGUCUAAUUCCACUUGGUCAUCUUGGUGAGAAAUCAUUCAAGGAACAAAUGAACAGUUCUAGAAUUGCUGGCUUGACAGCUCCUUUCGGCAUUGUUCCAUGCUAUUCUUGGAAGGGAAGUGACCAUGAUGACAAAAUGACUGCAUUGGUUAUACCUUGUGCCAAUAACAUUGGCAGGGUAAAUAGAAUCAAUUGUCGCCAGUCUGUAACACUCUCCCUUCUAAGGGUGCAAGAGUGGUAUUGGAAGCAGCUCCCAUACCAUGAUAGUUAAGUAUAGAUAGGACCUUUUGGAUGUAGUUUGUAUAUUUGGUAAAAAGCAUCAUGUUCAGUUGUGAUACUUCUUAUAUUAUGAACUCACUGUAUCUUCAUUUGAAUGGGAUCUGACUAACCAACUGGGAGAUGUGUCUAUUGCAUCAUAAUAGUAGUCUGUCUUCAAUACAUGACAAAGUGGUUACUAAAAAAUUGAAAAGACUGGAUUUAAUGUAACCCAGUUUCAGCAUUUUGAAGUUCCAUUGGUUUCUAUGAGAGAGACUGUAAGCAUGUGCUUAAUAUUACUGUAUUGUGGAAAUCAGUGUAGCUUGAAAGUGUUUAAUUCUGGUUUUGAUCAUACUCAUUUUUGCCUUUAUUAAUAUGUUUUAAAUUUACAUAUGUAAAUAGCCCCAGAUCCUGGGUAACCAAACUUGUAAAUUCUUUCUUAUUUUCUGUUUAACACAAAUGCUGAUAAUGCCCUUUGCUGUAAUUGAUAUGAGCUUUGAUGACAGAAAGAAACCUGUAUAGAUUUAUAUCUGAAAGCUUGAGUUUUCUGCAGUGUAGCAGAGUGCAUUUUUGCUAACUGGCAUAAUACCUGUAUAUUGAUGUGCUAGUAUUUUGCUGUGUAUCAUUUCUGGAAUCCAUUUAGCAAACUAUAAUGAGGGAAAAUUUCUCAUGAGAACACUUUUUAACAUUCUUUCUGCUCUCAACUAAGUGUUUAUGAAUAGCCCUGUAGACCAUUCUUAGACCAGAAUGAAAUAAAUGGAUUACAAAAGACAGUCGAAGCCUUAAAAAUAUGGGUGUUUUUUUUUUAAGUUUAUAAACACAAAGUAGCACAUUAUAACUCCAAAGUGUAAUAUUUUCUUUAUACAAGAUGUCUUAUUCCGUUGAUCAAAGAUGCUGUUAAGUAGUUGUACAACAAAUGUAACCUAAGGGUAAGAUUAUAACACCUCAAAAUAACUUUUCUAAUCAGUGCUGUAACACUUCUAGGUUUAAGACAUAAAGAAAUAAAUGGUUGCAAAUAA